AGAUGUUUAGGAACAAAAUCUCCCUAAAAUGAAAGAUAAAAUUUCAGGACUGGAUUUGAACUCCGAACACCCAAGUAGUAAUCGAUCUUUAAAAGUGGAAUUUCAUGACUAGUUUAAUUAACAACCCAAAGACGAAAUUCCCAUGGGGAUCCCAUUUGUGAAUCAAAUUAAAAUGCCUAAGUUCAACUACAAGCAUUCACUCUCUUAACUAACUCUCUGUAUCAUCAUCUUAAUCUUGCCAUGGAGAACGAAGCUAGUGAUUCCAGUAACAAAGAACCUUCUUCCUUCAAACUUCUUGUGUCAUUUCCUUCUGGUCUUUCUCCCUCACAGGUUUCUGUCCAAUUCAGUCACGCCUACGAUCGGAUCCCUCAUUCUGACCUCACCUUAGAAAACACCAUCUCUCAGAUAUGGGAGCAGAGGAGUGUACAGAACAAAUCGCUGUUCAAUGGAAAUAAAUUCAGGUAUGGAGGGCAAGUUUUGCAGACUGGAGGUGAACCCAACAAUGAACCACAUGUAUGCCUCCGACUAGGUUUGACAGAUUAUAGGACCUUCGUUGGAACAAAUUUAAGUCCUUUGUGGGAAAGGUUCCUUGUUCCAUCUGAAGAUGAUUCUGUUCUUUGUCAGUAUACCUCCAGUCCACUAGGAAAUGGUGCAGUGGUGGAGACAAUUGACAAUAAGAUACUUGUAUUACAGCGAAGUAAUAAUGUUGGUGAAUUUCCUGGAUAUUUCGUUUUCCCUGGUGGCCAUCCUGAGCCUCAAGAGAUUGGUAUAACGUCCCAUCAAUAUGUAAAGGAGUUAACAGAGUCUAUCAACGCCAAGGUUUCACAGGAGAUGUUUGACAGCAUAGUUCGUGAAGUAGUUGAAGAAAUUGGAGUGCCAGCUUUAUCCCUUAGCAUCCCGACUUUCAUUGGUAUAUCUCGCAGGGAUUUGAAUGUGAGACCGGCCGCAUUUUUCUUUAUCAAAUGCAAUCUUGACUCAAAGGAAGUUCAGCAGUUUUAUUCCAGUGCCCAAGACGGCUAUGAAUCAACCCAGCUCUAUACUGUUCCAAUGAUUGAGUUAGAAAAUAUGGCCUCUAAGAUGCCUGGCUGUCACCGAGGCGGAUUUGCUCUCUAUAAAUUGAUGGUUGGCACCAGGAAGGUUACUUGAUGGAGGUUUGUAAUGUAGUGCUCUCAGUUGUCCUGCAUGAUGUUUUAGUGAGUCUCUCUUUCCAGCUUAAUUAAGUUUCAUUCCAACAUCGCUGGUGCUAUUGAACCUUUCCCAUCCAAUGAAACGGAUUGAGACGGACUUUAACCAGGCUGAAAUCUUUCACCAGAACAGUUCUCAUAUUUUAUUCAAUAGAUGCUUGUGAUCAAUUCAUGCUCAAGAUAAAAUACACAAGUCAAUCCAAUGUUGUAUAUAUAUUAUAUGGCAUAACUGGUAAAUACUGAACUAGUGAACAUUACUAUUCUAUGCAUUUUUAUUUUUUUUGGUUUUUCACCGCCAGUUGAAUCUGGUUCGGGGGUCAGUUCUGGCAUCAAGUGGUUCCAGCCCCGUCGCGAUCGCAGUUGCGGGGGAUCAAAAUUACUAUUCUAUGCAUUGUCUGUAUUCAGUUUGGAAUUUUAUAAUACCAAGUAUCAUUGAGAAUGAGAAAAACGAAGUUGUGCUCUGAUUGGUGUUUA